GCUCAAUUGGAUUUGUCAGUUCCCAUUCUUCCCAAGAUCGAAUUUAGGUUUUUCUUUCUCUGAGUGAACCUUGAGAACCGUUUCAGCCCCUAAAGGAGCUCGUGAACAAGGUACAGGGAUGUGAUUUUGCACGAUUUAUUUAGAUCUGUUUCGUUUGUAAAUGUCUGACAAUCUCAAGGAGUUGUUGUUUCAAUACAGUACGAAAUAUGCCGUGUGAACAAGUUGAGCGAUUCGAGGUGCUGUUGCCAGUGCAGCAUCGCGGCUCAGCAGAUUGGGAUGAUAAGUUGCUUGGCAAGGCCAAGAAAGGCGAGACCAUCACGGGGAGCCUAAUCACUUCCGACGGGCGGGAAUGGGUCUGUCUGGCCGACCAAAUGUCUUCGGACAUCUUUUUGCCGCUCGAGGGCCCCAAUGGACAACAGAUUCUAAGGCGGCUAGGUGCUAAACCUUUUGGAGGUUCAAGGGUGCCACUACUGCCAUCAGCUCCAACGGACGACAGCAGGAAACCCGCUUCCACUCCAUCGGAACUUAACCUGUUACACAUAAAGGGCGAUCAGAAAUUCGGUGUUCCAGCCUCAGUGAAAAAGCAACAACGAAGCACACAGGAGACCCGGGCAUCGGGCGCUCCGACCGCAGGGGGUGGAGGAGCUCGCGUCCUCGGAGUAGCGGCGCCUCUCUCUGCGGGCCUGCGGUCGAAACUGGCGCAAAAGAAAAAGCCGGAAGGUCCGGUGCAAAAGAGCGGGCCGGCGGUGCAGUUGACAUCUGCAGCAACAUCGCACUUGCGAAACGACGCAUACAUGCGGGAGUUCGAAGAACAUCUGAGGGACGAUGGUGUAUCUGGAACGGAGGCUGAUCCAUAUUUGCACGUACAAACUGCGAAGAUGUCGUCGCAGCGGCCGCUCGAGAAUGUGCAGGUUGAACAACAUGUCAGAAACGGUAGCAACGAAGAAAUGUGUUCUGCCAAUAUGAAAACCGAAGAAGUUCCUGUUUCUGGUGGUUCACCGUUGCAGGAACUGCGUCACUUCGAAAUCGCUUCUAAUUCCAGUUCUUGGACGUCGGUCAAACACGGUCAGGAACGCGAACACUGGGCCGCCGGGCGAUGGAUAGAUGUGAGUGACAGGAACAUUCUGUGCAUGGCCAAAAACCGUGCCGCCACGCACGUUCUCGUGGGAGGCUGCGACCAUUUGGUAAAAGAAUUGGAAGUGAGUAGUGGCACUGUAUCGCGGUUGUUUUCUGCUCCAUCUUCGGAGACGCUCGGCCACAAGGACUGGGUGACUGCCUGUUGCUACGCCGAAGCCGACGAGUCAACGGUCAUAUCCGGUGGCGCGGACAGUAAGAUCUGUGUUUGGAGUGGCGGAGGCGGCGGAUCGUCAAGUAGCUCAACUGCUGCACUUGCGCGCGGCCGUGGAGGCAGAAGCAGCGCCGCCGCUCGAAUCGCCUGCAAGGAGCUUGCUGGGCAUCGGGGGUCCAUCUCAAAAAUCCUGGCCAAAGGAACGCUCGCCGUGAGCGCGUCGUACGACAAGACACUGCGGGUGUGGGAUCUGAAAACCAAGCGGGAAGCCUGCACACUGGCAGGGCACUCCGCGCCAGUGCUGGACUUUCUGUGGUCAUCACGAGGUGGAUCCACUACUUCCUCUGCGCAGGACAGCAGCUUCAUACUUUCCGGCGAUCGGUCUGGGGUUUGCAAGCUGUGGGACCUCGGGCGAGCGCGAUCAUCCACCACCGGAACCUGCAUUCAGACGCUCACUGGCCACAAGGGGCACAUCACUGCGCUGCAAGACAUGGCGUGUAGUCCUCCUCGCCCAGAAGAAGAAUCCUCACAGCCGCAGUCUGCUGCAAUGCCAGCUACACCAACAUCAACUCUAUUCCUCACCGGCGCGCAGGAUGGACACGUGCGGGCAUGGGAUCCGCGGCAGGCGAGAUGCGCCCACAAUUUCGCGCUCCACACGGGAGCUGUGAACAACAUCCUGGUCCACGGCGAGCGCAACAUUCUCACGGUGGGCGCGGACGGUGUCGUGAAGUGGACGGAUGUUACUGCGGGAUCGAGUUUCUUUGAGCUAGGCCCUGUUUCGGGUGACUUUGUCUACACCGCGAACCUGGUUGCGAACACCCUGGUGCUAGGCGACGGCCACGGCUUCCUUACCUUCGUCGACGCUGUGAGUGGGGAAAUGCGCAGCCAGCAGAAAAUCUGCGAGAACGCCAUUCGCGCAGUCGUGGUGGCCAGCUGUGGAACGCUCGUCGCGACUGGAGACGACGGAAAUGUGCAGUUUUUCGACAAGGUGGUGAGGUAGAAUCUUACAGCAUUGGAGAAUAUGAAAAUUGCACUUUCUUGUGAAAGAACGAGCUGCCCCCGAGAAAAAACAAAAACGUUCUUGCAGAACCAGAGCCUCAAUAUAGUGAGAGUCUCUCCCGUUGUUCAUUUAUGUCGGUCUUUUUGAUUUUAAUUUUUGCGAUUCGCUGUGUAUCGUUGUAGCAUAGCUCCUGAUUUGGAUACCAUAUCUUCGUUCAUUUUACACUAUCCAGAGCACAGGCGCAGCCUGAUAUGCUGUGUCUAUUCGAAGCGAGUUACACCGAGAGCCGUCUUUGUCUUUUGUUCGAGUUUAGCUUGGAGUUGAAGAAUGAUUGCGAGAGAGUAAACAAAACUACCAAAUAGGCGAAUUUAUCCAAAGGAACUGCAGAGGCUUGUCGUUCGCUUGAUUUCGUGUGAUGUGAUUCGUGUUGAAAAAAUAUUUCACAUAUGUUGGUUGCACUUCGUGUUUAUCCUUCAGCAUCUUUGAGAGUGUGGACGCGAAUCCUCGUCCCGUGCACUUUUAAAAUUUAAAAAUUAGGGCUGUUUUUUGGGUAAAGUGGUUCCGCGCAAUUUUGGGCUACCAGGGUGGUCGUUGGUGGGUGUAGAUGUACAUUGGAGGGUGGCGCACAAUGUGGGUGGUAGGCGAGGGGCUUGCCCGUCUUCUCUGGAGAUGCGAAGCGGUCUGCGCCUCUUCGCAUCCCCGCACAUGCACCGCUGGCUCGAAGAAGUAGAUCGUUUGUCGAGGGCCGGGAGAUGAUGUUCGUGGUUUCGAACACGAACGUCAUCUCCUGCAGGUCCGAAGCAAACAUUUCGGGAUGUCCGGCACUGGAUGUUCGCGUGAAGCGGAGCCGGAAUCUUCCGGUUCCGCUUCCGGUUUUGGCGUCCCGAGUUCUUCUAUUUCGUCUUCUAAAAUCACAAAAUCGCGACUUUGUGUGUGAUUUCGCCUGUAUGGCAGUUUUAGAGGAUUUUUAGAAGUCCGAAAACUGCCAUGCCGGCGGAAGAAUUAGAGGAUUUUUAGAGGACGAAGUUAGAGGAUAUUUUAGAAGCCUUUUUAGAGGCUGUUUUAGAAGCCGGUUUUAGAGACCGGCUUUAGAGACCGGCUUUAGAGACCGGUUUUAGAGACCGGUUUUAGAGACCGGCUUUAGAGGCCGGCUUUAGAGACCGGUUUUAGAGGCCGACUUUAGAGGCCAGUUUUAGAGGCGGGAAUUAGAGGCGGAAAUGAGAGAAGGGCUUUAGACGUCGGAACUAAAGGUCGGGCUUUCGAAGGUUGUUGUGAUCGCCGCGUUGGAAGGGCGUGUUGCGAUCGUCCUGGCGGGUUUCUGGUUUGGGAGUGGUUGUCUUGAUUUCUUGUUGCACCCCGUCGCCUCAUCGUAAGUCUCCUGCCAUCGGGUUGUCUGCGUCGCCGGGCCGGCGGCUCUCUCUCCUCCUCUUUCUUCCUGGGUAGUGUGGGCGCCUUUUUUUGAUUUGAUUCCCACCCGAUCCGCGGAUGGGGCAAAUGGGUUGGGCUUUUUUUUUCAAAACCGGAAAAAUUAGAAGUCUUUUAGAAAGGCAAACCGCCCGGGCGUUUUCCGCAUGAAGGCCCAGAAAAAAAACCCGCCCCACGCCCGAUCGGGGCCCUUAUUGCUGCCAAUUCUUGGCGCUGUUGUUCGACCAAGCAUGGUCGCCUCGUCGCCAACUACAUCAACUUCGAACGACCGAAAAGUUGGGAAUCACGAUUAUUCUUGGUUUUUUUCGUGUCCCGUUUUGCAUUUUGUCCGUUCAUAUGGUUGCACUUCGUGUUUAUCCUUCAGCAUCUUUGAGAGUGUGGACUCGAAUCCUCGUCCCAAAAAACGAUAAACAGGUCGCAACGUGUGGCCGAGGACUUGCUCCUCGCCCUGGAGUUUUCGAAGGCGGGCUCGAUUGACGAGGUCAGAGCGUCCCGCGCGAUCAAAUACAUCGAUCUGACCCUGGACGACGAGAAGGCGCAGGCGAGGGUGGCGAAGGCCCCACUGAUGGAGAUCGAUGCGGUCUACAAGGACUCCUUCAACUACCACCUGGGCGACUCGAAAAUCUCCUGCGCGCUUACGCACAAGAACGCGCUGCUGAAUCACCAGAAGAACAAGGACAAACUCAAGACCCUUAAGAGCCCGCAGCUGAUGCUGAUCACCGAGCAGGCCGACAACCUGCGCAACAACUGCAGCAAGUUUCUCACCAACAUUGAAGCGGGCAAGCUGGUAGCCCUGGCCAAUGAUAUCGGGAUCAUCAAGGAGCAGGCCAAUCGGGAGCAAAAUAACAAGCGCAAGAGAAACAAUGCGACGAAGAAGAAGGACGACGCCGUUAUUGUGGACGAAGAUGAUGAGCCGGACACCAACAAGAAGGGCGGUGCAAAGCGGGUCAAGAAGAUCACCAAUGCGGACGUCGCGGUGGUGGCAGCGAAGAUGAAGGACCUGCAGAAGUCGAAGAAAAACGCCGGCGGAAAUGCAUCUUCUUCCAGCAGUGGCAGUACUGCGGUGUUCAAAAAGGGCGGCAAGAACAAAGAUCUUUUUGAAAGCAAGGUCGCCGGUCUCUUCGACUAG